AUGGAUCGAUCGGCACUUACGAUGGGUCCAGGUAAUUUUGGCGUCGCGAGGUUGAUGAGGGAUAAACUGACUAACGAGCUUGUUGCAGUCAAGUAUAUCGAGAGAGGUGAGAAGAUAGACGAAAAUGUGCAAAGGGAAAUUAUCAACCACAGAUCACUCAGGCACCCCAACAUUGUUAGAUUCAAAGAGGUCAUUUUGACACCAACUCAUCUUGCUAUUGUAAUGGAAUAUGCAUCUGGUGGAGAAUUGUUUGAGCGCAUAUGUAAUGCUGGGAGGUUUCCAGAAGAUGAGGCGCGAUUCUUUUUCCAGCAGCUCGUUUCAGGAGUGGGUUAUUGUCAUAAUAUGCAAGUAUGUCAUCGCGACUUGAAACUGGAAAACACACUUUUAGAUGGCAGCCAAGCUCCCAGGCUCAAAAUCUGUGAUUUCGGAUAUUCCAAGUCAUCUGUUCUGCAUUCACAACCGAAAUCAACGGUUGGAACACCUGCAUAUAUUGCUCCUGAAGUCUUACUAAAGAAAGAAUAUGAUGGCAAGAUGGCAGAUGUGUGGUCAUGUGGUGUAACAUUAUAUGUAAUGCUUGUGGGAGCUUACCCUUUUGAAGACCCUGAAGAACCUAAGAAUUUUCGCAAGACAAUACAGCGAAUUCUUAACGUUCAGUACUCGAUUCCAGCCUAUGUUCAUAUUUCCACCGGAUGCCGCCAUUUGAUCUCCAGAAUCUUUGUAGCUGAACCUUCUAAGAGAAUAACGAUGGAUGAGAUUAGAAACCAUGAAUGGUUUAUGAGGAACCUUCCGGGAGACCUUAUGAAUGAUAAUGCAAUAGAUCAAUUUGGAGGGCCGGAGCAACCCACACAAAGUGUUGAUGAAAUUAUGCAGAUAAUAGCGGAAGCUACAAUUCCCCCAGCUGGGGCCCACAACCUCAACCAGUAUCUGACUGGCAGCCUGGACAUCGAUGAUGACAUGGACGAGGAUCUUGAAAGUGAUCCGGAUCUUGAUAUUGACAGCAGUGGGGAGAUUGUAUACGCCAUUGAUUCAUGGUGCUCAUUCCGAAGGCAAAUACAUGAGAAAUAUGUUCCUAGUGGUUACCAUGAAUGUAAACAACCAAAUCUUACAUAUGGUUCUCAUAGCAAGAAAAAUAGAAUGUAG